CAAAGAGACAGCCUUGCCCGCGUCAUUCUGCGAGAUUCUGCAUUAUCAUCGCUGCGGCCGGCCGGAAUUGGGAGGUGCCGGGCGCGGAGACGUCGAAUAGGAUAUCAAAAUGGCGGUCGAAGACGUGGAAAUGAAAGAUGCUAAGUCACCAGAAGAGACAACAGGAACAGAAGUGGAAAAGAAAGAUGUCAAUAUUUUGACCUUAGAAGACAUUCGCGAGCAGGCCAAGCAGAUCGAGAAGUCGGUCAGCAGCAAGGAGCCGCGCUUUGUGCUGCGCGUGCUGCGCUCCCUGCCAGCCACGCGGCGCCGACUGAACCCGCUCGUGCUGAAGCGGCUGCUGCACACCUCGUACACGCACUCGGCGCAGGAGCGCGACACCCUGCUGGCCUUCGUCGAGGAGCCAUCGGACCCGGAGCAGCCGACGGCCGCUUUCCGGAUGCGCAGCAACAAGGCGUCGCAGAGUCCGCUGCUGCCGGAGCAGGACGCCUACUUCCACCUGCUGGUGCUGCUGCGGCUGCUGGACUCCAACCGCAACCAGGAGGCCGUCACGUGCUCAGAGCAGCUGAUGGUGAAGCUGAGCGGGCUGAACCGGCGCACGCUGGACCUCAUCGCCGCCCGCUGCUACUUCUACUACAUGCGCAGCUACGAGGCCACCGGGCAGAUGGACAAAAUCAAGGGGGUGCUGCACGCGCGCCUGCGCACGGCGACGCUGCGCAACGACUACGAGGGCCAGGCGGUGCUCAUCAACUGCCUGCUGCGCGCCUACCUGCAGUACAACCUAUACGAACAGGCGGACAAGCUCGUCUCCAAGUCGGUGUUCCCCGAGUCGGCCAGCAACAAUGAGUGGGCGCGCUACCUGUACUACCUGGGCCGCAUCCAGGCGGCGCAGCUGGACUACUCGGAGGCGCACAAACACCUGUUGCAGGCGCUGCGCAAGGCGCCUCAGACGGCCGCCGUCGGCUUCAAGCAGACGGUGCAGAAGCUGGCGGUGACCGUGGAGCUGCUGAUGGGCGACAUCCCGCUGCGGCAGACGUUCCGCAAGCCCGAGCUGCGCCGUCCGCUGGCGCCCUACUUCCAGCUGACGCAGACGGUGCGCAACGGCAACCUGCAGCUGUUCAACGCGGCGCUGCAGCAGCACGGCGCCCAGUUUCAGCGGGACCACACGCUGACCUUGAUCUACCGGCUGCGCACCAACGUGAUCAAGACGGCCAUCCGCUCGCUGAGCGUCAGCUACUCCCGCAUCAGCCUGCAGGACGUGGCCAGCAAGCUGCUGCUCGACUCGGCCGAGGACGCUGAGUUCAUCGUGGCCAAGUCGAUCCGCGACGGCGUCAUCGAGGCCACCAUCGACCACGACGCUGGCUUCGUACGCAGCAAGGAGAUGGUGGACAUCUACUGCACGCGCGAGCCGCAGCUGGCCUUCCACCAGCGCAUCAAGUUCUGCCUCAACAUGCACAACCAGAGUGUCAAGGACAUGCGCUUCCCGCCCAAGAGCUACAGCAAGGAUCUCGAGUCGGCGGAGGAGCGCCGCGAGCGUGAGCAGCAGGAUCUCGAGCUGGUCAACGAGAUGGCUGAGGAGGACGAAGAGGAUGGCUUCCUGUGAGAGCGCACGCGCUGACUGAUGCCCCUCCCCCUCCCCCUUGCCCAGUGGAUUGUGAAGCCCCAGCCUGCGCUUUCAUCACGCGCUGAACCUCACGGCAAUUCGCUGGAGAUCCACUUAUUAGGAUUCGGUUUUGUCUCACGCCGUUACACUAUGCUGUACAAUAAAAUGUGAUGUACAACA